CACGUUUCGUGUACUGACUAGUCCAGUCCAGUCCAGAGAAAAGACGACUGUUUCUCCAAAAGUUGAAAAUCGGAGAUUAGAUGCAAGACCACGAAAGUCGACGGUCAACGCCGGCAGAAUCGCCGCCGUUACACCCCUUCGUCGCGCCGUUGUCGUAUCUAUUGGGAACGUGGAGAGGGCAAGGCGAAGGUGAAUACCCAACCAUACCUUCCUUCCGCUACGGCGAAGAGCUCCGUUUCUCACAUUCCGGCAAGCCGGUGAUUGCGUAUACGCAGAAGACAUGGAAGUUGGAUUCAGGAGAGCCGAUGCACGCAGAGAGCGGUUAUUUUCGGCCGAAGCCGGACGGUUCCAUUGAAGUCGUCAUAGCUCAGAGCACAGGUCUCGUCGAGGUCCAGAAAGGAACAUACAAUGUAGAUGAGCAAUCGAUCACACUCAAAAGUGAGCUUGUGGGAAACGCAUCCAAGGUCAAGGAGAUAAGCAGAGGAUUUGAAUUGGUUAAUGGAAAACUAUCGUACGUGGUUCAUAUGAGUACAACCACAAACCUUCUUCAACCACAUCUCAGAGCCAUACUCGACAAGCUUUGAAGCCUGCAAUUCUCACGAACGAUAAACGCUUAUCCUGUAGAAUCCCACUGUUUUAGAACCUUUUGCUACCCUUUGUAAGGUUUCCGUUCAAUCACAUCAACUUGCCUGAAUCAAGAACAAGGCUUGACAAUUUGAGAGACUUAAUUGGGCCUUUCAAUAAAAAAGUGAAAAUCCCCA